GCGCCCUAGAACUGAGGGGAAGAGGGGGAGGACGGAACCGACCCGCCUUGGGGUGUAAGGCAAGCGGCCCUCCCGCGGGAGGGGGCGUGAGCGGGGCGGGGCCGGAACUUCUUUUUUCCGAGCCGCGCCGCGGGCGGGCACAGUUACCCGCCGCACCGACCAUGGCCGCAGCCGCGCUGGGGCAGAUUUGGGCCCGAAAACUCCUGCCUGUCUCUUGGCUUCUGUGUGGCCCCAGAAGAUAUGCCUCAUCAAACUUCAAGGCUGCAGACCUGCAGCUGGAAAUGACGAAGGAACCUCAUCAGAAGCCUGACCCCAGCAAGCCCCUGGUGUUUGGGAAGACAUUCACCGACCACAUGCUGGUGGUGGAGUGGAAGGAGGAGACGGGCUGGGGUCAGCCCCGAAUCCAGCCUUUCCAGAAUCUCACACUGCACCCAGCCUGCUCCGGCCUCCACUACUCGAUGCAGCUCUUCGAGGGCAUGAAGGCGUUCAAGGGCAGCGACCAGCGGGUGCGCCUCUUCCGACCCUGGCUCAACAUGGACCGGAUGCUGCACUCAGCCUUGCGCCUCUGCCUGCCGAGUUUUGACAAGGUCGAGCUGCUUGAGUGUAUCCGCCGGCUUGUGGAAGUGGACAAAGACUGGGUUCCUGAGGGCAAGGAUACCAGCCUCUACGUGCGGCCUGUGCUCAUUGGGAACGAGCCCUCCCUAGGUGUCACCCAAUCCACGCAAGCUCUCCUGUUUGUCAUUCUCUGCCCCGUGGGUGCAUACUUUCCCGGAGAUGCCAUGGACCCCGUGUCCCUCCUGGCCGACCCAGCGUUUAUCCGGGCCUGGGUGGGUGGGGUCGGUGACUACAAGCUGGGGGGGAAUUAUGGGCCCACAGUACUUGUGCAGCAAGAGGCGAAGAAGAGGGGCUGUGAACAGGUCCUCUGGCUGUACGGGCCGGACCACCAGCUCACCGAGGUGGGCACCAUGAACAUCUUCAUCUACUGGACCCAUGAGGAUGGGGUGCUGGAACUGGUGACCCCCUCACUGGAUGGUGUCAUUCUGCCCGGAGUAGUCAGACAGAGUCUACUGGACCUGGCAAGGACCUGGGGUGAGUUCCGAGUCGUUGAGCGUAAGGUCACAAUGAAGGAGUUGUUGCGGGCGCUGGAAGAGGGACGGGUUCGGGAAGUCUUUGGCUCAGGCACAGCUUGCCAGGUCUGCCCUGUGCACCAGAUCCUGUACCAAGGCAAGCAUUUGCGCAUUCCCACCAUGGAAAAUGGGCCCGAGCUUAUCCUCCGCUUCCUGAAGGAGCUGAAGGAGAUCCAGUACGGAACAAGAGCCCACGACUGGAUGCUCCCGGUAUGACAGCGCCCUGCCCUACCUCUCCUCGGACCCACCCUCCCGUAGCAUCCAGCCCUCGCCGGACCCUCCCCUCCCUACCGAUGACUCACCUGAAGUGCAAUAUGAAAUAUAAAAGGCCGGGGGCUGCCGGGACGCCUGGGUCUCUGGCGCCCCCACAUGGCCUCUACACUCCCAAAGCCAUAAGGGCCGGACCCAGAGCAUCUAGGCCCCUCGCCCCGCCUCUCAGACCUUGGUGGGGGAUCUGGGCUCCCCGCUGCUCCGUGUCUGGGGGCCAAGGAUGCCCUUUGGCCCCCCCGACUCCACAUCUCUCCGUUCUCAGGCCGGAUCUCCCGGUGCUGCUUUGAUUUUUUUUUUUUUCUCCUGCUGCAAUUUUGAAAUAAAUGCCAAAGAACAAGCCA